UGGCAGACGACGUGAACAGAAAUCGCUAGCAAGGCAUUCCAAUGCAUGGACUUAGUGCUACGUGUGGCCACCUGCUAUUUUAUUAGGAUAGAAGCGUUGCAGGAUAUGACUGCCACAUGAUGAAGUUGAAAGUGCGUUUAGUUAUCUUUGCUUGUGCUGCGUUCAUGCUGUUUGUGUCCUUCAAGAUAUUGGAACCAGAGAUAAGGAGACAACGAAAGGAUAGUGAUAAUUCUCUGAUCGAUGGAGGUGUAGUGCCCCUUGAGAUGGUGAUUAAAAGCCAGGUGGAGGAGUACAAAGUUGACUGGAAAUAUUCAUUGGGUGGACAGUCUCCAUGGACAAUUGCAGCCAAGUGGAUAGACAAUAGGCAUAUACAUCCAGAAAAGGUUCCAGAAUUAGGAGCAGUCUUGAGAGAACUUGCAACCAGACCAAUAAUUGCUGCUGAUGUUGGUGUCAAAGGAACACAACUUAAGCUGUCUCUAACUUUAAAAGGAGGUCAAAUUGUGGCUUUUAAACCAGAAUGGUACCGCGAUAUUAUCAAUGGGACACCCUAUGCUGGAAGAGAUCGCCACAAUGCAGAAAUAGCUGCUUUCCAUCUUGGAAGAGUGUUACAAUUCCGACGCACCCCUCUGGCUGUGGGAAGAAGGGUGAACCUCAAGACUGAGAUCUUGCCGGUAGCAACGCCAGAACUUAAGGCAACAUUCUUCACCAAAGGUGACAACAACUGUUUCUAUGGCAAGUGCUUGUACUGCAAGUCAGAUGACGGAGUAUGUGCAAAAGGUCAAAUAUUAGAAGGUCAGAUGGUGAAGAUGUACAGCUCUGGCACCUUCCUCCUCGAUCUCAUUGACACAGCAAUAUUUGACUACCUCAUAGGCAAUGCUGAUCGCCAUCAUUAUGAACACUUCAGCCGCCAGCAAGAAAACAUGGUGCUUAUUCUCGACAAUGCCAAAAGCUUUGGGGAUCCUGAUGCGGAUGAAAGGUCAAUAUUGGCUCCACUCUAUCAGUGCUGCAAAUUCCGCUUCAGCACAUGGCAGCGUCUUCUAGCACUCCAAGAUAGUGUCCUCAGUGGUGUAAUGAAGGAAAUUCUGGCCCAGGACCCAGUUUCUCCCAUCGUGACUGAGAGGCAUCUCAAGGCCAUGGACAGAAGACUUCAGAAUAUACUCUUGGAAAUGGAAAAAUGUAUAGCUAAGAAUGGGAUGAAUGGGAUUGUAAUGGACCACUCCUAUCAUUGAUAGGUUGUCUCCCUUGAUGUAUGUAUGUGCAGUCUCAUGUUUCAUGAUAUGUCAUCCGAAUAAUGUUUAAGUUUGAUAUUCAUGGUU